AUGAUAAUGAAUCAAAGCGCAACCAGGUGACUUUAAUGUCCGAAAUUUUGAUUCUACAUUAGACUGUGACCUCAGCAUUCUAUACUGCGGUUAAACUCCGCCAUGCAAACAAUUGAAACUUGCUCCGUCCCAUCAGUGCGUGUGUCGCAAAUUUUUCCAAUGCUAGACGACAAAAACGUGAGUACAGAUGUCCAGUCGCAGUGUUUCGUCCACCGAGGAGUUCGGCCCAAGUACGAGUGUUCGCUCACCUGUUCUCUAAGUUCUUCAGAAAAAUCUAGUGAUUUGGGUUUGAUCAACGUAUCGCCGAAUGCCUCCAUUACGGUGCUUGACUGCACGAAAAAUGAUUUAAGAUCGAAGUAUCUCUACGCUUCCAGUGCUGUCGUGAACACCCCGACAGUGGGUUUUAUCUCAACCUGGCUACACGAAGCGUCUGUCAUCGCCAUUAACCCAAACUCUAACGCCCCUUCCGUGAUCGGCUCGAGUGCGACCAAUACCACAUCAACUAACGAGACUAAUAACACAUCAACUAAAGAUGCUAGUAAUCCACCGUCCCGGUCUCGAGAAACGUGCCGAUCGUUUACCUCCCAUGCUAAUUCAAUUCUUCAUACACACAACUUUUCGGAGCAGAUACAAUCCAAUGCACGUACGUCUUCAGGGGGAACCAAACUAGAAAUGUUCACAGGAGACUUCGAACCAACGAUACCCUCCAGCAAGCCGCCGUCCGCGAGGGCACCGAAACGUAUUGAGGGUCAAAUUCCAAAGUCCCUUGACGUUCCAAGCCCCGACAGGUCUUCCAAAUCAUCGGAUGUGGGUCGCAAAAGUCGUCUAGUCCGCAAAAGUCGUCCAGUCAUGCAAUCGAUGAGCUCCACGUGCCGGAGAAAGUUUUUGGACGUCCGAAGUGUGUUGUGCGCAGCCUGGGGCUUCCUGUACCUCAGUGUCGCCAUCGUCAGCGCAACCACAGCUCACUAUUCAGAGCUCUGUGUGGUCGAGGACCCCCUCGAGACCCCCUACUUCACCCCCCUCCUGGAGGCCCCCGCCCCCUGCCUGCUCUGCCGCGCCACCCCCCCACCAGGAUCGUCGCCCGUGGACGCGCCCUCGCUGUACCGGGAGGUGCGACAGGUGUUGGUGGUUGACCACCGUGGCGGGGGGGCGGUAUCGCCCCCGUCGCCCCCGCCAACACCCACCACCUCUCACCCCGUGGACGGCAUCACGCUGGACGUGCAGCUGACGAAGGCAGGCACCGUGGCGCUCGUCAUCCACGGCGUGAGUGACGUGCAGAGCUUCUACGUGACCCUCACGACCCCCCCUGCCAGCGCCGUCAACCUGCUGCUGCUGACCCGAGACCCUUCGUUGGUGCGCAUCGUUCCUCCUGAAGGGGGCGCUUCACAGGACGCUCUUCAGGUUCUCUUCAUGCCCUUCAACCUGACGGGGGCGCCUUCACGCCAGGACCUGCUGCUCUUCACCUCCUCCCUCUUCACCGCCCCCCUCACCUACAUCAGCACUAGUCUCGCCACCUACAUCGCUCUAGACGCCAACGCCAUGCCAGACGUGGCGUCGCUGCCGCCGUGUCCGACGUCGCUGGGCUGGCGGGACGUUACGUCGUCAGGCGUCGCUGGCGUCGUGUGCAUGCGUCAGGCUCGUCAGCAUCUGUCAGGCUGCUAUCAUCAUCACAUCAUCGGCAGCUACGCGCAGGACAUCCACAUCAUAGACGUACAAGGCAGCGGCAACAGCAACGGCUCCCUGCUGCUGGAGGUCCACGGCAAGCCUUCCCGCUCCCUAGGGGGGGCGCCGCCCCCCGACCGCCCCCCACUGGGGAAGCUUUCCUCGGACCGGCCCCCACUGGGGAAGCUUUCCUCGGACCGGCCCCCAGUGGGGAACCCAGCAGCCACAUCCGCUGAUUUCUCGUUUGGUGGGGGCGCUUCAGCGUGGCCUGGGGCUGCUACGUCCGAAAAUAUUCCUAAGGAUACUAAGGAUGUUAAGGAUACUAAGGACAUUAAGGAUGCUAAAAUCGUUAAGGAUAAUAAGGACACGGGGCCACCGGGCCGUAUGAGAAGGGGACCGAGAGAGGAGUGGGUUGUGAGGAACCUGACGCUGGUGCUGCGCAGUGUGAGGCCCGUCACGUGGCUUGUGAGGCCGUCCUCUCUACAGGGCACCAUCACCGUCCUUCUUGUUGGGGACGGUCAGGUGGAGAACGGCUCGUCAGCGGAGUACGGCCGCUCGUCAGACGUGGUCGUGGUCUCAAGGAAGGAGACGAUGCCAGCCUCCUUCGACCAGUUCAUCCUGACGGUGCUGUCCAGGGUAGGAUACCCUGUGUCCUACACCAACUCCAGCGUCCCUAACAAGAUUAUCGUGACCGUGCCUAGUGAUAACGAAUAUCAUCCAUCUUCUGAUGUGAGACACGAGCCUCAGGUCUUCCAGCAUCAAGGAGACGCUCUGGCGGUAAUCAAGGAAGAGCUCCGAGUGGAGUGCUCCAGCUCCGGCGCUGUCGUGGCGCUGCCUGAGUGGGCGGUCGAGAGGAUGCCUGGUGAUGGUACCCUUACCCUUACCCUCGGGGACAAGACUCCCACCAUCGGGGACAGUUCCAUUGCUUUCGGGGACAGGUCCCCAACCCUCGGGGACAGGUCCCCAACCCUCGGGAACAGGUCCCCAACCCUCGGGGACAGGUCCCCAACCCUCGGGGACAACGUCUGUGUCAGCACCAGCAACGGCACCCACCUCAUCGUCAGCGCCUCAUACAGCGAGUGCAGCUUCCAGAAGAGCGUCCGCCCGGCGUCCAGCAGCUACUCCAACAGCAUCCACAUCACGAUGUCAGCGCUGCCGCUGUCGGACGACGAGGACUUCGUGGGGUCUGGUCUCGGUCCUGACGAGACGUCGCUGUCUGACGUGCUGACUGUGACGUGCAACGUCGACGCGUCAACUGAAGACGUCACGUCAGCCCACGUCGCCGUCAGUAUACAAGCUUACACUAAAAAAAUAUAA